GCUUUUUGUUGCUCUUAUAUAUGCGUACGGCGGCUGCCCUCUUGCAGUUGCACCUUGCAACCUUCAUCAAAUAAACAAGAAGCUAGGUCGAACUACACCUCAAAAACAAUUCUUUUGAGUGCACAUACACAUAUGGCAUCAGAUCCCUCCUCCGGCCACACUAAUUUCUACCGAUUUGUUCGCCGGUGGCUGGCAAAUCCGCUAGGUCACCACCAGCACCAUCAUCUCCGGCGAAGCACCAGUACUGGGAUCUCAUCAUCAACCUACCCUAGGAUCAUCCCAAGAUGCCCAUCAUCAUCAUCAUCGGCGCAAGACCGGGAUCGCCUUCGAGACAAGACGAUGAUCCUAGAUGUAGAAGGAGGGAUCCUAAUGUCAUCUUCUACCUUCCCUUACUUCAUGCUUGUGGCCAUGGAGGCAGGUGGUUUCCUCAGGGGCUUCAUCAUGCUAUGCGUCCACCUUGUCCUGUGGUGCCUGGCGCCGCUGCUGCCGGAAGAGGUGAAAUUGAAGGUCAUGGUGAUGGUGUGCUUCUUUGGGUUGAAGGAGAAGAAGGUGGCUAGGGUUGCGAGGGCGGCGCUGCCGAAGCACUUCCUAGAGGGUGUAGGAAUGGAAGGGCUUGAGGCUGUGAGAGGGGUGAAAAGUGUGGUAGGGGUGAGCAGGGUGAUCCCUAGGGUUAUGGUGAAACCAUUCCUGGAAGAUUACCUAGGUGUGGAUGUGGUUGUGGGGAGAGAGGUGAAGAUGGUAAGAGGUUUUUAUGUUGGUUUAUUGGAGAACAUGAGUGAUGGAAGGUUAGAGCUGGCAGAUCUGGAAGGAGAAGAAAUGAUAGGGUUUGGAAGCAGCUCAGGAUAUUCUGGCCAUGAUCACCACCAUCUUUUCUCUUGGUGCAAGGAGGUUUACCUGGUGACUCCAGAAGAAAAACGAAAAUGGUCACCCUUGCCAAGAGACCAGUACCCCAAGCCCUUGGUCUUCCAUGAUGGAAGGCUGGCCUUCAGGCCAACCUUUCAAGCCACCCUAGCCAUGUUAACAUGGCUCCCAUUUUCCCUCCCCCUCACCAUCUUCAGAACACUCAUCUUUGUCACCCUCCCCUACCCUGUUUCUGUGGCGAUCGGAUCCGUAUUCGGAGUCAGAACCCGUGUCAUCAACUCCCCUGUUGGUCAGGCCAAAGCUGAUCACCCAAGAAACCCAAAGGGGCACCUCUACGUGUGCAACCACCGGACGCUGCUCGACCCGGUCUACAUUGCAGCGAUGCUCAACAAGAAGGUCUCGGCCGUCACCUACAGCGUCAGCCGCCUCAGCGAGUGGAUAUCGCCGAUCCCGACCAUCCGGCUGACCCGGGAUCGCGACGAGGACCGGAGGAGGAUGGAGGAGGCGCUGCGGCGGGGCGACCUGGUGGUCUGCCCCGAGGGGACGACCUGCCGCGAGCCCUACCUCCUCCGGUUCAGCCCGCUGUCGCUGGAGCUCGUCGACGAGGUCUACCUGGUGGCUCUGGUGAACUGGUCCGACAUGUUCUACGGCAACUCCACCGGAAGAAGCAAGUGCCUGGACAGCUUCUACUACUUCAUGAAUCCGCGCCCGGCUUACGAUGUCGAGUUCAUGGAGAAGGUGCCAACCAGGAUGGUCGUGGAUGGCAAGACCUGUGAGAGCAAACAUGUGGCCAACAUGGUGCAGGGUGAGAUUGGUAGAGUGCUUGGGUUUGAAUGCACCAAGUUCACCCGUGAGAAUAAGUACCUGGCGCUGGCAGGAAAUAGAGGGGUUGUUGAUGCAAACCAGUGAUGUGCUUCAGAAAUUCUUGGUAGAGGUCCUGUCACAAAAUAGUCACAAUAACAACAUGGCUAGGUUGCUAGCUAGCUCUUGGUCAUGGUAUAACUAUAUCUAGAACUUGAUCGAAUUCUGAGAAAAGUUAAGCAUAUAUGUGCCCAUUACAAAGGUAGAUUUAUCUGUUUGAUAUGUAUGGCAAUUCAAAUUACAGGUGUUGCUUUUAAGUUU